AUGGCUGCUGCCUACACAAGAAUCCAUGGCCUCCUCGUGCUGUCCUACGUUUCAUACCUUGCUUCACACGCCGCCGCACUCUCCUUCAACUACAGCGGCUCCGACUCCCCGUCUCUGAUCCCUCGCCAUGGUGCGCACCUUGCAACUAACACCGCCGCAGGCAUAUCCAGUGUCCUCGCCGUCGGUUGGUGCUAUUGCCAGGCGUGGCCUCGGAACUCCGACGUUGCUCCUGGGCAUGUACUCUUUAACUUCGGUGGAAUCGAUGCAGUAACAUCUUUGCAAAAAAGUUGCUGUGUAGAAGCCGUUUCUUCCACUUUAUUAUUCGCAUUGCAUCAGCUCGUGAACUGCAGCAGGAAGCCUGGCUCCACUACUGGCCAUAUGUUCCAAGAUAAAUCAUUUGAACUUGGUGUUUCCUGCUAUGCGGGUUCUCUGCGCGGUUUGGAAUAUCGCUCCCUUCCAGAAUACUCAAGCACACGAGGAAGUGGAAGAGUGCACCGUACAUGGCCGCACUACCACCGGCCCCGCGACCAACCUACGACACGAAGAUUGAUGUCCGCUGCAUAUGGCCGAAAUACGACAACGCAGCAUCGGGAGGUCGCGUCCUCUUGGAUGGAGCAUGCAUCUGUUGCAGGUCCAGCUUUGGUGGGUCUGAUUUGCGCCGUGGCGGGGCUUGCGCUCUGCUGCGUCCGAAUCAAGAGACCGCUUCAGAGCACUGCGGCUACUGAGCUGGUGGGAUAUGAUGAUGAGCAGAUCAUAAGGGAACCUGACCUCCGCCAAGGAUUGGGCCCCAGGCGGUUCCGUUACAGCGAGCUUGCUGCGGCGACGGACAAUUUCGCAGAGGAGAGAAAGAUCGGCAGAGGGGGUUUUGGUCCGGUGUACCGAUGCUACUUGACUGAUCAGGACCGGCAUGUGGCCAUCAAGGUGCUCUCACAGGAGCUUUCCGUGCAGGGUCUAAAGGAGUUUCACGCCGAGGUCACCAUCGUGAGCCAGCUUAGGCACCGCAACAUCGUCCGACUCGUCGGCUGGUGCGGUCGCCGGAGAGGACUAGCUCUCGUCUACGAGCUCAUGCCGGGCGGCAGUCUCGACAUGCAUCUCUACAAUCCCGACACACACUUGACUUGGCCACAGAGGUACAACGUCGCGCUUCAGCUAGGCUCCGCCUUGCGGUACCUCCACAUGGACUGCGACCAGUGCGUCGUGCACGGCGACAUCAAGCCCGCAAACAUAAUGCUGGACGCGUCCGGCAACGCCAAGCUCGGCGACUUCGGGCUAGCGAGGCUCGUCGACCACGGGGCAGAACCGCAGACAACGCAGGUCGUCGCGGGCACCGUCGGGUACAUCGAUCCGGAGUUCGUCAGCAGCCGGAGGCCGAGCGCCGAGUCCGACGUGUACAGCUUCGGCGUCGUGCUCCUCGAGAUCGCCUGCGGCAGACGGCCUACGACGUCGAGGCGAUCGGACCAGGCAGCCUCGGCGGCGCUGCUGGCUUCGGUCCGCGACAUGUACCACCGGAAGGUCAUCCUUGAUGCGGCGGACCGGAGGCUGGAUGGCGAGUUCGACAGGAUGCAGAUGGAGCGUUUGCUGGUGACCGGGCUUUGGUGCGCGCACCACGACCCGAUGCAGCGGCCGUCCAUUGUGCAGGCUCUGGAUGUGCUACGAUCUGAAGACGCAGAGCUGCCGGUGCUUGUAACGAUGGGUGAUUCUGGAGAGAUUCUCGCGUUGGAGGGACAGGCUUAUGGUGAUUUAUCUGACGAGAGCUCCGCUUAUUUGGAUGAUUCCGAUGAAACCGCGUACCUUACUACAGAGGAUUCAGCUUAUCUGGUGCAAAUGUAGGUUUAUCUUCUCUCUAA